CUCCAUCUUAUCUUUGUGUUACAUUUUUGGGUAGUCCUUUUCAUCACCCAGUCAAUCACAAGCAAGAAUAGAAACCCUGACAUCACACAUCCCUGUUUCACUCCUGUCUUUACAUGAAACCAUUCUGUGGCCUCGCCAUCCUCUAAUACUGCACAGAUACUAUCACUGUACAUUGCCAUAAUAACUUUGAUGAGUUUUCUUGGAAUCCCGUACUGUCUCAUAAUUUCCCAAAGGCUGUCCCUAUGAAUCGAAUCAAAUGCCUUCUCAAAGUCAAUGAAGUUUAUGUAUAGCGAUGAUUGCCAUUCAAUGGACUGUUCUAUAAUAUUCCUUAAUUUAAUAUGAAAAUCUGUUCCGUUGUGCUUUUCCCUUCUCUGAAACCUGCUUGUUCUUGUCUGAGCUUAUCGUCAAUUCCGGCUUUGAUUCUGUUGAUUAGUAUCCUGCCCAACACCUUGCUUGCAAUUGGAAGUAGCGUGAUCCCUCGCCAGUUCCCACAUUCUGCUAAGUCUCCUUUCUUAGGCAGUUUUACAAUUAAACCUUUCUUCCAUUCAUUUGGUAUUUGCUCGUGAUUCCAAACAUCACUUUUUAUGCUGUGCAACUUAUCGGUUGCCAUAUCAAUGUCUGCUUUUAAUAACUCUGAUGUUAUCUGAUCCACUCCACCAGCUUUUCCAUUUUUGAGCUUUUUGAUUGCACGUCUUACUUCGCCUUUAGUGAUAGGAUUUGUGUUGAUGUUGUCUAGUUCACCAAUCUCUUCAGAUUCAGUUUCGACUGGAGUUGUUGGGGAUUCUCGAUUUAGAAUUUCUUCAAAAUGUUCUUUCCAUCGUGCUUUUCUUCCUGCAUCAUCAGUUAUGAUCUUUCCAUGUUUGUCUUUAACCCCUGAUGCAUGGUGUGGCUUGUUGUUGCAUAUUGUUUUUGUUAUGUCGUACAAAGUCUUCAUUUGGGAUUCUUAGUACUUGUACACAAAUAACAGAUGUUUAUGAGUGCAGUGGUUGAAAGGUGACUGACGGAUGGAAUGUUCCAUUCCAGGAGGCAAAGCUGAUUGGAAUGGAACAUUCUUUCCAUCACUCAAUGUAAUUGUUCUCUUCAUUGCAUGAGUGUCAAAUAUUCAUUAUGUGUUUUUUUAACAACACUUGAAUAAAUCCUCGUCAUUUGAUUGGUCAGAGCCACCAAUCAUGUUACCGUGCAAUUGAACCUUUAUUUACCGUGCAAUAGAAAAUCUACUUUUGCAAUGCGACCGGAGCGUGGGUUGGUGCGAAAAAUUCAGUGACGUGACCUACCAAUCAGAUGAGAUCUAGUCAAGCGUUGUAUAUUGUAUGCAAAUUCAUCAUUUCAUCGGAUAAAUACAUGUAGGAGAUGCGAGAGCGGGCACUAGGCAUUUACAUGUACUGAUCAAAGAAGACAACUUGAAAGACGUCACAACUAACGACUUGCUGAACUGAUCAAGACUGAGAGCUAACGAUCCUCAAGAUGGACCCUAGAGGACAGUAUAACCUUGUGCAUCUGGUCCUGCGUAGUCUCCUCAUUUUAAGCCUCGUCAGCUUGAACUUGGGAUCUGAUGCAGCAUCCACAGGGAUCAAACGAGGACCGCCAUCUGCCCAUACAUCAGAUGUCACUGCAAUCGAUAAGAAACAGGGGGAGAACUUAGAAUUCAGUUGCUCAGUAGAUGGUAACCCACCACCAACCCUCUCCUGGUUUAAAGACGACAACCCUCUGCAAAAAGACACGAGGAUAAGUACUGAUGCAAAAAUUCUGACCGUCCUUGGUCUGGUUGUAAACGACAGUGGGACUUACUCCUGUCAAGCUGCUACAUGUAAUACAAAUGGAAGAAACAUAUGCAGCAAAUUCAUUCUGACUGUCACUCCAUAUAGAGUAGCCACUCGACCCAUCAUUUCUUCCAUGGACAAGCAGAAGGUUCGCAUUGGUACCACCGCCACGUUUGAUUGUCAAGUCCAGAGUACGACUCCAACAACUUUUGAGUGGUGGAAAACAGAAACAUCAUUAAGCAAUAAUCAUAGACUUACCAUUUCAGACAAGAUUGACAUACAAGUUAAUGCUGCGCCAGCAGAUUUUUAUUUUGAGACAUUGAGGAUCUUCACCGUAAAUACGGCAGAUGCUGGAAACUACAUGUGCCGCGCUGAGAACGACUUUGGAAGCCGCACAAAGAUAGCAGAGCUGGAAGUAAUUACUUCAGCCACUGAACCCAUCAUUUCUUCCAUGGACAAGCAGAAGGUUCGCAUUGGUACCACCGCCACGUUUGAUUGUCAAGUCCAGAGUACGACUCCAACAACUUUUGAGUGGUGGAAAACAACAUCAAGCGAUAAUCGUAGACUUGUACCCAUAUCAAACAAGAUUGAAAUACGAGUUAAUGCUGUGCAAGCAGAUUUUCAUUCUGAGACGUUGAUGAUCUUCAGCGUAACUUGGUAUGAUGCUGGAAACUACAUGUGCCGCGCUGAGAACGACUUUGGAAGCGACGCAAAGAUGGCAGAGCUGGAAGUUACUUCAGCGCCCAAGAAGCCCCCUCCUCGAAGAGGGGGGUGCAUGAAAUUCGGCGCACCGGGACCUCUGGCACUGAUUCUGAUGGCGGUUUGUGGAUAUGCCUUGGGAAAUCAAAUGUUCUUUGACUAAAAGGUCCAGGAUUUUCCAAAUUGUCUAAGUACCCCUUUUUGACAAGUUAUGAUAAUUUUCUAGUUUUUUUUUUUAAAUCAUUUUGUAAAUGUAAAACUUCAAUGUGGAACUGUAGUUAUACUGUAAUAUUGUAUUUGUUGUUAUGUGCAUUUUUACAUUUUUAUGCAAUUUGUGCAUUUUACAUGUGAUUACGUUCAU